AUGGCUAUGUCAGUGCAGAAGGAUCGCCUCUUUCGACGUCCGGAUGUUGACUCCUGCUCGCCGUUCUUACCUCCGCCAAAGGUCUACGGCGGCAUUGAGUUGGUGAAGGUGGACCUGCCGGAUGAGGAGAGGGAUAUUGCCUUGGAGAAACUUAAUCGCCUGCUGAAUAAGUACAGCGUGGAGAAAGAUAUUGCCCAGAAGUUGAAGAAGCGCAUGGAGAAGAGAUUCGGAGGCUGCUGGAGCUGUAUCGUCGGUUCUUCCUUCGGCUGGUAAGGCUUUCGACUCUGCUUAAUGUCAUAAUCAGACAAUUUCAUGGAGACUGUGGUAGUGUGACAUGCAGGAACAGGAGUGAUAAACACGUACUGUCCUGAGAUGUCACGUAGGCAUCUUUGGAGGUCUCGGGCCACAAUAAUGCGGUUUUUUGAUAGUGCUUUCUGUACAGUGGGUAAAUUUACACGUGUCUAAAAGAUCGAUGUAUGGGCUUGAAGUACAGUAGAUGAGCUAACUCAUGAAAUGUCAACCGAAAUUCCGAAAUUCGUUUGCGUUUCAAAAAAGAUUAAUUAAGUAGGGUUGUAAAACUUGUCAGCCUGAAACAUAAUUCUAAAAUAUUUCAGUUACCUCAGGAUGCCGGCUUUCGAACGAAAGUCUUUCCGGCUGCAUGCAAAAAACUGCACUCUGCAAAAAAUGAAUACUGAAGCAGAGUGCAUUUUUGCAUUGAUUUUCGAUGCCCUUAAAGAUUUAAUCAUAUUUCACAGAAAACACGCAUGAAAAUAUUAAUUCUUUUGUUCAUUCGAUAAAAAAUCACGUCUUCUUCCAACUUUAUACUCGAAGAAAGGGUAUAAUUCGGUUUUCAAAAACUUUUCCAGUUACCAGUUAAUUUUGAACCCGAUCUGCCGUUAGACUUGCAUUCUGGGUUUGCAAACUCCAAACCGUAUAUUUUAUGAGUACGGAAAACCAUACAUUUCUCUGUGGUAUUGAGAGGAGGCCAUAUGGGGUUCAUAAAAUUUAGCAGUGGAUUUGAUCCAUACUGAUAAAUUUACAAACCACAUUGGUAAAGGCAGAGACGUGACGUUUUAUGAACGGCCAUUUCACAGUAUUAAAAAAUCUCACAAACAAAAACUUUUUUAAAACCGAAUUAUGCCCUUUCUUCGAGUGUAAAAUUGGAAGAGGACGUGAUUUUCAACGGGAUGAACAAAAGAAUGAAUACUCUUAUGCAUAGUUUCCAUGAAACAUGAUUGAAUCUUUAAAGGCAUCGACAAUCAGUGAAAAAUGCAUUCUACUUAAGUAGUCAUUUUUACGGACUUUAGUUUUUGGAUGUAGCCAAAAAGAAGUUUGUUCAAAAGCCGGCGUCCUGGGGUAACUUAAUUAUUAUAGAAUUAUGCGUCACGAUGAUUGGUUUUACAAUCCUACUUAAUUAAUCUUUUCGAAACGAAAAAGCAUUUCGGAAUUGCUGUGGACAUUUCAUGAGUUAGUCCACAUACUGCAGGUCUAUUUGGAGCAAAGUUGAGCGUUUUCAACCCUGCUCUUUCCAUGACAGUCUGGAUGGGCGUAAGAAGUCUUGGUGAGAACUCCUUUCAGUGAAGUGAUCCAACGAGCUAUGACUGGCUCUAAUGGCAGCAGUUUAUUCCGUCCAUCUAGGAUACGUAUGCAUGCUCAAUCAAAUCUGUCAACUUCCAGACAGCCACAGUUCUUAGGUUGUUAAAUCAGCAGUCCAGUAGACUUGGACAGGCGUCUGUUUAUGCAGCCAGGCUUUGGUGAGCAUUGGCUUCCGUUAGUUACUUACAUGACGGAAAUCGGGCCAGCUUUUACAUAACCUGUUUGUUUACGUAAUAUACCCUUGGAGGUUUGAAUACACACGUGGUUUUUCAAUGGCAGUCGGUCGUCUGACCUUUUAACAGUAACUGGGUUCAGUCUUGCCUACCAAACGGGCUACGUGGUAGAUGCGCUGGACUGACACGGGGCCACAUCGGAUUCUGGCAGGCCUUAUCGGAUUUGCGCACCAUUACAAAUGCUAGCAUUUCAGGGUGCGGUGGCGGACCCGACUGCCGGCAGACGUCGCGCACACUGGGACCCCGGCUACCCUCCCCAUUGUUUUUGUUAGCCAAAAACCUGGGUCAUUUGCUGUGUGGACCAGGGGGGAGGGUGUGGCGUAGGACGCCAUUGUGCGGGCUCGACCGUGCUAUCCACCUGCGCCCUCCACCACCUCCGGUCUUCUUGACUCUGUCUUGACACCGGGUCCAGGUGGGGAAUGGGGGGGGGGAGAAAGAGCGAUAGAUGCUGCGCAAGUCUACUAUCACUUUAAACUAAUUGUGACUGUGUCUGCUAUACCUUGCCGUGGAGCACACGAUGGACAUCGUCGAACUUGACGGCCGAAAUGUCGGCUCCAGUCGUUUCUGGCUUAGCGGUGCUUCUAGAGUGUUUGUUGUAAUUCCCUGUGUCCAGAGGUUUCAAGUACAGCGAAGUCGUCCCGUGUCUGAAGAUCGGGACACCCGGAUGAACGCCUCGGUGAGUGCACAUACCUCUUGGAGCGCCCAGUGAGUGUAGCAGAGGACGCAGUACCCACAGCCCAAACAUGAUCACUGAUCAGAAUCGAUUUUUUUUCUAGUUAUUUUUACUUGCUUCUUUUUCCUGCCUUUUCAGCUUCCUGAGUCAUAUUGAACACGCGUACUUGCAGGCCCGCGCUGAAAAGAAGGAAAUUAUUCUGUUCCGUGCAGCAUAA